GCCAAUGUUCGUGACCAUUCGAUGUGCUGAUAACUUGAUGGCUCUUUCAGUUGUUCUAAAUAAACGAGUGCACACGCAAACCGUAUAGCCGUCUUCACACAAAAUAGCGAAAAUAGAGUCGUCCAAGCUGCAGCAAAUGAAAGAUACCUUCAAGUUCUCGAUGCCAGCCACCACCAUGUUUUCCAAAUUCAAAAGUGGGGGAGGUGCCCAAAACUCCCUGGAGACCAACCCCAUCGGACAAUAUUUUGAAAUUGGGAAACAAGUUGCGUGCGCCGGCCCUGAACUGGUCUGGAAAAUACACGACGCGUAUAGGAAAAACGACGGCAAGGAAUGCUCGGUGUUCAUAUUCGAGAAGCGAUGUGCGGAAAAGCUGCACAAGCCGAAACGAAAGGAAACCGUUACGGAAAUCCUACGCGCUUCCGUCAAGCAACUGGAGCGAUUCAGGCAUCCCAAGAUCCUGCACGUGUUGCAUUCGAUCGAAGAGUGCGCCGACACGCUGGCUUUCGCCUCGGAACCAGUCUACGCUAGUUUGGCCAACAUUCUGGCCUGUCACGAGAUGAACGCCAUCCAGAGCGGCAUCAAUACAGCCUCCAAUCAGCUGCCGCAAAGGCCGCAACACGCCAGGGAGUACAACUUCUUGGAUAUCGAAUACAAAUAUGGUAUCCUUCAGAUAACAGAAGCGUUAUCCUUCCUUCACUACACCGGGCAUGUAUUACACCGGAAUGUCUGCCCCUCAAGUAUUCUGGUGACCAAGAAAGGAACGUGGAAGCUGGCAGGUUUGGAGUUCAUAGAACGCAUAAAUGACGUUGACGGAGUGGAACCCAUCCCGUGCCAGCCCUGGACCUCGAGAUUAUCUAAAAUGGCACAGCCCAAUCUGGAUUACACGGCACCCGAAACUCAAACACAAUCUGUUUGCAGUAUCCUUAGCGACAUGUUCUCCCUUGGGAUGGUUAUAUGUUCUAUUUUCAACAAUGGGAGGCCACUGAUCCAGUCUGGAAACUCUACAUCCGCUUACCUGAAGCAAUUGGAACUCCUGGAAGAUCAAGUACAUAACAUUCUCCCAAAAAUACCACUGCCACUUCAAGAAGCAACCGUUAGACUCCUUAGUAAGGAUACUAGACAGCGACCUACAGCACAACUGCUCACACUCAUCAAAUAUUUCAGUGAUCCAUCUGUACAGGCGCUUCAGUUCCUGGAUGUAAUCAACAUGAAAGAUCCAACGCAAAAGGCACACUUUUAUCGAAUAACGUUGAAAGAGGCAUUGCCCUUCAUCCCCAAGAAAAUGUGGUACCAACACAUUUGGCCUUCGUUGCAGCAAGAAAUGCGUAGUCAAGAAGUGUUAGCAGCUGUACUACAACCAGUGUUAUAUUUGAUACAAGACUCAACAGUAGAGGAGUACGAAACAAUAUUACUUCCGUCCUUUAGGAGUGUGUUCUCCGCACCAAAGACAGUUCAGGCGACCGUGACUCUCCUGGAGCAUUUACAUAUUAUUUUAGAGAAAACCCCCCGUGAUGACAUAAGGACAGAGGUUCUUCCUAUGUUGUACAAUGCCUUCGAAAGCACCACUAUACAAGUUCAGAAUGCCGCUUUAAUAGCAGUAACGAACGUUUCGGACUACUUAGAUGAUACGUCGAUAAGAAGAAUUAUACUCGCCAAAACAAAAGCAAUCUACGAGAAGAAUCAAACGGAUCUGAAAAUUGUUUCCAAUGUCCUUUCGUGCGUAGAAAGGACUUUGGGAAGGCUCGACAAGGGCCAGAUCAUAGACGAGGUGCUACCCCUACUGAAUGACAUAAGACUGGCUGAUCCCCAAAUCACAUUGAGGGUCGUAAAUAUUUAUCGAUUGAUGCUCAGCGAUAAGAAGUAUGGUCUAACAGUGAAUCUGAUGGCGACCAAAGUGAUGCCCUCCCUACUUCCUCAAACCGUCAACCCAUCCCUUAACCUAGAACAUUUCACAAUCUUGAUGGAAGUCCUUCAAGAAAUGCUGGACCAGAUAGAUCGUAAUCAAAGGAAUAAACUAAAAUUAGACAACCUCUCCUUGCCAAGUCCUGAAAGACAUAGACCUCUCAGACACCAGUAUAGCUCCGACAACAUGCAUGUACCACCCUUCAACAUCCCCAACUUGAGGAUUGAACAGAGGAAAACUUCAAGUGCCGAAGACAUGGCUAGGAAGAACUCUACAGGCGGCAUGUUAGGUGGCUGGUGGUUCGGAGGAUCGCCAUCUUCGCCGGACAGCAACUUCCUGCGCGUCGUCAACGCCUUCCCGAACAGAAGACUGUCCGAUAACACCCUAAUGACUCCAAAGAUUCGGAUAGCCCCAUCGUGUGCCUCGUCUCCUGGGGGAACCCCUGGGGGAGGUUUGCCUAUAAGGAGACACUCGAGUAUAGGACCCCAAGAAAGGAGAGGAUCGACUGUUAAUUUAUCACCACCAACGCUUGCACGGAGCAUGAUAGGCGGCUCAAUGCCGAACACGAGCAGCAGCGUCCCGUUCCUGCUGAGCAGCAGCAUGCAGAGCAUCCGCUCACGUCGACCGUCUGCGGUGCUCGGCGGCUCGCAAGGCUCGCAGGGUCUCCUGCAGCAAUUAGGCUCGGGCAUGGUAAGACUCACCUCUUCGUACCAACCGGCCAACGGCAGAACGUUCUCUAGUAGCUCGGUUAGGAAAUGCCCCUCUCUGAAUAUUACAUUUAGCUGAACGUACUACCAGCUAUUCUCAAGAGGUCAAUAAGCAUCAAACCCUUAGCUGAUGACUGAGUGCGCAAUUUUUCAUUAAAUUGCGUAUUUUUAUGAAGAUCUGUGGCAGUGGCAAUCCCGAGCGACAAUCACAUGCGACCGCACAACUCCAGAACACUCAGACACAUUUUGAAUGUUAUGUAUGUGUGGCUGUUAUCAGAUGUUUCCCAGGUAUGUACAGGAACACAGUGAAGCAGGUUUAUACUUGCCGGUUACUACAGCUGACUUGCAUUUCAGAAAUGAUUUGAAAAAUCUAAACAUAUCGGUGUUUGUAAAAUGAAUAAGCGAAAUUUUUUUCCUGAAUUCGAAUCAUUUUUCAUUUUUUCAUGGAUCGUAUAUUUUUGUGGCACUUUGUAUUGAGAUGUAGAUUAGAUAUAUCGUAAUAAGACUCGCCUCACAGGUUAAAAGAUAUCGAGUUAACUGAACACAGGUUAGCCCCAAUCAGAGGAUUUUUUCGGAAUCAGAAUAUCAUAAUUUCAAAAUCAUAAUAUGGCAAUGACAUCAAGCUAUUGACAUCUCUCUUCUGCUUCUGGAAUGCACUGUAUUUCAUCUGAGUUUGCUUAUGAUCUUUGCUCUACCUGUCAUCUGCAGAUAGUUGUUUUCAACAAUUCAACUUUUGAGUCUAUAAUAUCUGCUUCCAUGCUUUCAAAAUCAUUAGAAUUAGUCUGAAAUUUUCUAAAUAUGCAUCUCACUGAAGUCCAUUCUAUUAAUUGAUAUAAACCUAUAUAGAUACUAUAUUUUUUGAAAGUUUGCUGAACAUAGUUCUACGAGUGAAUUGGUUUUGCAAUAUGUACUUGUUUUCUGAUAUAAAGAAAAAUUUCAUAUCAGGAAAUAUUCCUUCCAUAAAAUAAACCGUAAAAAUAUAAUUUUACUUCUUGAUUAUUUGAUUUUAUUAAUUCUUCUGCAAUUUUCAUGUGAUAUACCACUAAUUGAAUUCAAAAAAUUCCUCCUUAUAUCAAACCCUAUUUUUAUGUUUAUUUAAUUAACAAACUUGAAGAUGCGAUUUCUCAUUUUCCAUAUUUUUCGCUAGUCUAGAAAACUAAUAAAUAUUUCGAUUUUACAUAAAAAUACGUCAAUUUAACAUCGUGAAAGUGCCUUGCUAUAAUAUAACCUAUACUUUCUUUCAUCUUUCAUUUCUAUUGUCUAUCACAAUCAAUGAAUUGAUUCGAUUUAUUUUCGAGUACUUAUACUUGACAUAUAUGUUUACAUUCUAAAUAUACUCUUGGCUACUAUUAUAGCUUUUUAUUAAAGCUUCUAUUAAUAACAUAUAAAUAUGCUUCAGCAUCAUAGAGUGAAGCUAUAUUAUAGUUGGCAUUUAGAAAUCUUUUAUUAUUCUGGUUUAACAGUUUACUGUCCUAAUGUUAUUUUCCCAAAGCUACAGUAUGUUUUGAAUUUGAACAUCUAGAAUAUGAAUAUUUAGAUCAAAAUUAAAUUUUAACCUCUAUUACCAAACUUGUAACUUGACACUUCCUUUUGAAACUUUUUUCGUCCUUUCAAAAGAAAGUAUAAUUUCAAACAUAUUCAAAAGGAACUAGCUCAUAAAUUCAAAAAUUCCAAAAAAGCCAUACACCAUGAUUUGUAUGCAGAUUUUUAUUUCUAUCUAUUUUCUUAUCCUUGACCUUGACGAAAAUCACAAUCAAACAAUUAUCAUUAGGCUUGAAAAUGGAAUAAUCUUUCUGCAUUUCUUAUCAGAGCUUUCAAUUAUUUCUGGAUUAAAAGUGAAUGAGUUUAAUAGCGAGUUAUAUGAAAAAAAAACUUUAUUUGAAAUUCACUAUUUGGCGAAUUUGUCUGAAUGUUUAAAAAAAAAGGUCAAGACAAGGAUACUAUAGUAGCUUGAAAAUAUGGCAUUUCUGAUAGAUUAGUCGGAAUUUUGAGAAGGAAUAUGUAAUAAGUGUGAAGUAUGAUAAGGAUUUAGUGUUUUUUCAAUACUCAAACCCCACUAUCGAUGACGUGCCAAAUUUCCAGUCAUGUGCCUUAUAAUUUUAAUAGGGCAAUCAGUCAGUACCUAGGUCUGUAAAAUAGAAAAUUUUGCAAGAUCCACCAAAAUAUGGAAACAUUGGAAACUUUCAAAAUGUAGGACAGUUUCGAAAGUAUGGAGUAUGAGGUGGUACCUACAAAUGGGUACUAAUAAAAUCAAACGAUAUAGUUCUAGAUGGAACUAGAUCUGGUGCAUAAAAAAGCGUUUCAGAAAGCUUCCUCUCACCUCACAAAAGAAGUAAAAUCCCCUUCUUUAUUCUUGUUUGAAUUCUUCGAGUUUUAGUAAUGGAAAUAUGUACAUCCAAUAAUAUUUUAUCCUGUGAGUCAUAAUGAAGAAUAAAGAUGAUACGAAGCAUUACACAUGAAAAUAGGUAAUAUUUUUACAUUUCGCUAUUUAUUGUUCCCCUGGUUAUAAAGUAUACAUUAUUUCUCACUAUUUUCGGCCAAAAAAUUAU